CGAGGAACAGAUUUUGCACUAGAGGCUGAUUCUUUAUUCCAGUACUGAAAAGAACUAAUAAAAAUAAUCACUUGGCUUUUAAGCAGAAAGCUUCCAUUUACAGUAUUUCACCCUUACUCCCCCCCCCACACACACACUUCCAAGCCCCUUGUUAUCUAACAUAAUGGUUAGAAUACAUUUCCGUCUCUCCCCUUAAUAAUUUCAUGCAUUAACAUCCUCUUUACACACCACACACACACACACACACACACACGCACACACACACACACAGAGCAAAAGGAAAAAAAGGCAGCAGAAAUCUCAGCUGUACUUCUAGCCCUUUUAAAAAGUUUGCUCUGUAAAUUGGAAUGAGGUCAGAUUUGGAGCUUCUCAUUGCACGCGGAGAUUAUUAUUGCAUCGGGUUCCAAGCCAAUGGGAAGCCCGGGGGAGGGGCUUGGCACGAGGAAGCGUUGGUUACAGCGGCUGAUUGGCCGUGGCCAAGACUGUGAAAGGAUAAAGAGGCGCGAGGCGGAAUUGGGGUCUGCUCUAAGCUGCAGCAAGAGAAACUGUGUGAGGGGAAGAGGCCUGUUUCGCUCCCGGGUCUCUAGUUCUUGCACGCUCUUUAAGAGUCUGCAUUAGAGGAACUCUGCCAUUACCAGCUCCCUUCUUGCAGAAGGGAGGGGGAAACAUACAUUUAUUCAUGCCAGUCUGUUGCACGAAGGCUUUUUGGCUUCCUACCUUGCAACAAAAUAAUUGCACAAACUCCUUAGUGCCGAUUCCGCCCACAGAGAGUCCUGGAGCCAGAGUCUUUUUUGCUUUGCAUUGUAGGAAAGGGACUAAGUGAUAGAGACUAUGUCGCUUUCCUGAGCUCCUGAGAGAGCGCUCGUGAACUGGAACCAACUGCUUCAGGGGAAGAAAAAAAAAAAAAAAAAAAAAGACUUGCCUGGGAGGCGGCGAGAAACUUGCACUGGAAGCUUCAGCAACCAGCAUUCAAGAAACUCCUCUCCACUUUAGCACGGUCUCCAGACUCAGAGCCGAGAGACAGAGCAAACUGCGGCGCGGUGAGAGAGAGAGAAAGCGAGAGCCAGAGGAGAGGGAGGGAGAGACUCUCCAGCCUGGGAACUAUAACUCCUCUGCAAGAGGCAGACUACUCCUUCCCCGCAUCUUUGGGAGACUUUUCUCUCUUCGCCCAACGCCGCCCCGGCGAGGAGUGGAGGGGCCCGCACGGCCGCCGCGCGCUUUCUCCCGCUCGGCGUGUGCUUGGCCCGGGGAGCCGGGAGGGCCCGGCGAUCGCGCCGCGGCCGCCGCGAGGGUGUGAGCGCGCGUGGGCGCCCGCCGAGCCGGGGCCAUGGUGCAGCAAACCAACAACGCCGAGAACACGGAAGCGCUGCUGGCGGGCGAGAGCUCGGACUCGGGCGCCGGCCUCGAGCUGGGCAUCGCCUCCUCCCCCACGCCCGGCUCCACCGCCUCCACGGGCGGCAAGGCCGACGACCCGAGCUGGUGCAAGACGCCGAGCGGGCACAUCAAGCGACCCAUGAACGCCUUCAUGGUGUGGUCGCAGAUCGAGCGGCGCAAGAUCAUGGAGCAGUCGCCCGACAUGCACAACGCCGAGAUCUCCAAGCGGCUGGGCAAACGCUGGAAGCUGCUCAAAGACAGCGACAAGAUCCCUUUCAUUCGGGAGGCGGAGCGGCUGCGCCUCAAGCACAUGGCUGACUACCCCGACUACAAGUACCGGCCCAGGAAGAAGGUGAAGUCCGGCAACGCCAACUCGAGCGCCUCGGCCGCCGCCUCCUCCAAGCCGGGGGAGAAGGGAGACAAGGUCGGUGGCGGGGGCGGCCACGGGGGCGGCGGCGGCGGCGGCGGGAGCGGCAACGCGGGGGGAGGAGGCGGCGGCGCGAGCGGCGGCGGCGCCAACUCCAAACCCGCGCAGAAAAAGAGCUGCGGCUCCAAAGUGGCGGGCGGCGCGGGCGGCGGGGUCAGCAAGCCGCACGCCAAGCUCAUCCUGGCGGGCGGCGGCGGCGGCGGCGGCGGCGGGAAGGCGGCGGCCGCGGGCGCCUCCUCCUCCUUCGCGGCCGAGCAGGCGGGGGCCGCUGCCCUGCUGCCCCUGGGCGCCGCCGCGGCCGCCGCCGACCACCACUCGCUGUACAAGGCGCGGACUCCCAGCGCGGCCGCCUCGGCCUCCGCGGCCGCCUCCGCCGCGCCGGGCCUGGCGGCCCCGGGCAAGCACCUGGCCGACAAGAAGGUGAAGCGCGUCUACCUGUUCGGAGGCCUGGGCGCGUCCUCGUCGCCCGCGGGCGGCGUGGGCGCGGGCGCCGACCCCAGCGACCCCCUGGGCCUGUACGAGGAGGGGGGCGCGGGCUGCUCGCCCGACGGGCCGAGCCUGAGCGGCCGCAGCAGCGCCGCGUCGUCGCCGGCCGCCGGCCGCUCGCCCGCCGACCACCGCAGCUACGCCAGCCUGCGCGCCGCCUCGCCCGCCCCGUCCAGCGCGCCGUCGCACGCGUCCUCGUCGGCCUCGUCCCACUCGUCGUCGUCCUCGUCGUCGGGCUCCUCGUCCUCCGACGACGAGUUCGAAGACGACCUGCUCGACCUGAACCCCAGCUCAAACUUUGAGAGCAUGUCCCUGGGCAGCUUCAGCUCGUCGUCGGCGCUGGACCGGGACCUGGAUUUUAACUUCGAGCCCGGCUCCGGCUCGCACUUCGAGUUCCCGGACUACUGCACGCCCGAGGUGAGCGAGAUGAUCUCGGGAGACUGGCUGGAGUCCAGCAUCUCCAACCUGGUCUUCACCUACUGAGAGGGGGGCGCGCGCGCGCGCGCGGGCCGGGAGCAGAGGGCCGGGUUGGGGGGGGGGGGGGGAGAGGAAAACAAAGAGAGAGAGAGAGAGAGCGAGAGAAGUGGACAGAGGAAGAGUUGGAAGAGAAAAGGGAAAAUUGAAGAAAAAAAAAAAAAAGGAAAAGAUUAAAAAAAAAAAAAGCGAGCAGGGCCGGCUUGGGCCGCGUCGCGGUCGCGGGAGAAAGCGCGGCGGCGUUUUGGGGACCCGCGCUCCCAUCCCCCAGCUGCCGGGCCGCGGGGACGCGGAGGAGGCGGCGGGGAGACGGGGUGGGGGGGGCGACCUUUUAUUGUUCUUGAUGUUGUUGUUGAUGGCAAAAAGCUACUUGGAGUUUCCUCCCCUUUGCCCGAAGAGACACCCCCACACCCCCCCCCCCCACUUCCAACGAGCUUCCGGACUUGUCUGCUGCUCCCCCAGCAAGAAGCCGACUUGAUAGUUUUUUCUAGAGACUGAAGGAAUCUCGUCCCUUUCUCAUCGCCCCCUUGCUGUUUUUGCUUUAUUUUAUCUCAUUUCUUGAUCGAGAGAGGAGGGGGAAAAAACAACAACAAAAAAAAGAAAAAGAAAAAAGAAAGCAAAGAAAAGAAAG